ACAACACGAGGUGAUGCUACGCGUUCGGACCGGUUACUACGAUUCCAUCGUUGCUGCGAGAGCUCCAAGGUGUCCUCUUUCGUAUAUUUAGGUGUAGUCUGGUGUUUGGCAUAUUCAACUUUCUGCAUCCUCGUCUUCCCCUCACUCAGCUCGCAAUUGAACAUCCAGGACCCGUCUCCUCCUGAAAAGCUCCCCAAGUGAACAAGAACAACCACAAUGGCGGCCCCCCAAGAAGCCACCUACCCUCGCCCUGACUUCGAGCGCAGUCCCCUACGCUGGGAAUCGCUCAAUGGGCCGUGGGACUUUCUCUUUGACGACGACGACAGAGGUCUCUCGGCCAACUGGCACCGCAUGAGCCUGCCGGACGAGGUCGGCGUCACCACCACGGCGGCGCUGGACAGCGUCAUCCCGACCAACGACUCCAUCACGCGCAACAUCGUAGGCGACACGCUGAGCCUCAUCGAGAACAAUACCUUUUCCACGGCCGCGCGAGCGUCUAACUUCAAGACCACCAUCACCGUGCCCUUCGUCUUCCAGGCCCCCGCGUCCGGCAUCAACGACCGCGGCGUCCACGAGGUGCUGUGGUACGAGCGCGCCAUCGCCGACCUGCGCUCCGACGACGAGAAGCGCCAGGGCCAUCGCCUGCUGCUGCGCUUUGGCGCUGUGGAUUACAUCGCCACCGUCUGGGUCAACGGGGAGCACGUCGGUGGCCAUCGUGGCGGCCAUGUUCCCUUUGAGAUUGACGUCACCGACGCCCUCGCCGCCAACCCUGGAGGCGCAUCUCACCGGCUGACGGUGCGUGUAUACGACUCUGCAUAUGACCUCACGCAGCCGCGAGGGAAGCAGUACUGGGGCGCAAAGCCCGAGAGCAUCUUCUAUACUCCCUCUGGUGGCAUCUGGCAGUCCGUCUGGCUGGAGGUGGUCCCCGCGGCGCGCAUCGCCGACAGUAGCUACGGCACCGUCAUCAAGUCCAACGACAUCGAGUCUGGAACGCUGCGCAGCACCGUCGCCGUCUUGGGCAGACGUGUUGGUCAGAGCUGCAGCGUUGAAAUCGAGGCCAGCUUUGCUGGAGUCCCUGUUGGCAAGUCUUCAAAGCAGGCGCUGGCCCGCGAGAGCGAUGCGGUCUUGGUGGAGCUGGACCUGCGUCUGACGGAGGCGCAGAGAUCCAGCCUCCCCCAGUCGGUACUCCAGGACGCUCCUUUGGCCGACGACUCCUGCUGGCGGGAUGGUGUCGCGCUCUGGUCUCCCGAGCACCCCCAGCUGUACGACUUGGUGAUCCGGCUCCUGGACGAGUCUGGAAAGACGCUCGACGAGGUCAAGACAACCACCGGGAUGCGAUCCAUCAACUGGACCAAGGGCGACGGCCUGUGGCGCCUCAACGACAAGCCGUACUUCCAGGCGCUCUGCUUGGACCAGGGCUACUGGCCAGAGACGUUCAUGACGCCCCCGACGGCCGACAGCCUCAAGGUCGACAUCCAGCUGGCCAAGAAGAUGGGCUUCAACGGCUGCAGGAAGCACCAAAAGGUCGAGGACCCCAUCUUCUACUACUGGGCCGACAAGCUGGGCUACUUGGUCUGGGGCGAGAUGGCCAACGCCUACCAGUUUAGCCAGGAGUAUGUCGACCGUUUCAACGCCGAGUGGACUGAAGCUGUCAAGCUUGUCAUUAACCGACCGUCCAUUGUGACGUGGACCCCGGUCAAUGAGAGUUGGGGCUACACUUCUCUCAAGGACAAUGUCGACCAGCGUAACCACAUCCGUCAGCUUUACUACCUGACCAAGUCUCUCGAUAACACCAGGAGCAUCAACGACAACUGCGGAUGGGAGCACGUCAUCACUGAUCUUUCGACCUUCCACGACUACAGCGACGGCCCGGAACUCGAAAAGACCUGCGCCAGUCUCGAGGCCAUUCUUGACAAAAAGGCGGAUCGACUCGUCUUUGUAGCUCCCAUUGACGGCGUCGAUCCCGGCGCCAAGCACCAGCCCGGUGCGCCAGUGAUGAACACUGAAUUUGGCGGCGUCAACAUCGCGCCGGCCAAGCAACCCGAAACCGACGACGAGAAGCGCGACUGGGGAUACACGACUGCGACUGACCCCGAGGACUUACUGAAGCGAAUUGAGCGCCUGGUCAAGGGCGUGACGAAUGGAGGCCACUGCUGUACCUUUGUGUACACUCAGCUGGCGGAUAUUGAGCAGGAGGUCAACGGCGUGUAUACGUUUGACCGCCAAGAGAAGCUGGACUCGACGAAGGUCAAGGCGAUGAUUAAUGAGGCGGUGCAGGCGUUCUACGACAGGGUUAACAAGCACUAAGUGGCUGAACGGAACUUGGUAGGGACAAGAGCCGGAGGUUUCUGGUCUAGCCGAGUAUGAUUGAAUGAUAAUAUGCAGAGACCGAAAUAUAGAUGGUCUUUUCAGGUGUUGGGUCCAUUUCAAAU